GUUACACAGUUCCAGUUCUCGUGCGUUCCGUUGGUCCUAACUGGCGACCCGUAGAUUUCUUCAGCGUGUGAAACAUGGCGCGUGCAGGCGGUCACAUAGCGACGGAUAGUGACCUUCUGAGAUCAGCCGAAUAUAUAACUACAUCUAACCGGCGGAGUGAAACAGAUGUCGACAAACGUAUUGGCAGCACAUUGAUUGCAGUUGGACUUGGUGUUGCUGCAGCAGGAUUCGCAGGUCGAUAUGCCUUCCACUUAUGGAAACCUCUUGGUCAGGUCAUCACAGACUCUGCCAAAAAGUUUCCCUCUACGGCAUUCUCGCCAUAUUACAAAGGUGGAUUUGAGCCGAAGAUGAAUAAGCGGGAAGCCAGUCUCAUUCUCGGGAUCAGUCCAACAAGCACCAAGACAAAAGUGCGAGAAGCCCAUAGGAGGAUCAUGGUCCUAAAUCAUCCAGAUAAAGGUGGAUCUCCAUAUUUGGCAGCGAAGAUCAAUGAGGCGAAAGAUCUGUUUGAGUCUGGCCAUCGGAGUUAACUGUCUGUGUUCUUCAAAGCACCAUUCACUCAGACAUUUUCUGUUCACUGCCUCUACCUGUUAUUCCUCCUCCACUUGUUGAGCUCACACUGUCCAGCAUCCUCUCAUCCGUGCGCACCAGCUCUGACUCAGCCAACUCCAAGGACUCUGCAUCACGGUUUUGUCAGUCAAUAACCUGAACUUCCAUCAAUCUGAAUCAGGCAUCAGACCUGGAUCUUUCAUGUUGAAGGAUCUAUGUUGUAGAUAGGAAUUGUUCACAUUUAUUGAUGCUUUGUUUUGAAGCUGCAUUAUAAAUGCUUUAAGUUUAUAAUAUAUCUGUUGAAAAACCUGUCUGUGAAUGUAAGAAAUGUAAAGGUACAAAAGUGCUCACCAAGUUGGAAUUAUGCCUAUACAAUUUUAUUUAUAAUACCGAAUAAAUAACCCUUGUGGUUAAUAAUAGUAAGUGUACACUGAUAAUGGUAUGAGAGCAUCUUCUUUGGCAAUGUUUCCAGGUGCUGCAAAAAAUGUUCAUCCAAAUGCACAAAGGUAGACCAUUGUGGAACAAAUAUGUGGAAACAAUCCAGUCUCAACUGAGAGCACAUCAAGAAGCUGGUAAAAUAGCUCACAGUUUGGCACUGAUGCAUGGAUUUUGUCAGCUUUCCUCUCCUGGCCCAGCCCAGCUUAGAUGCUGUAGCUGAUAUCGAUUACUAGCAUGUGUACAGUAAGUAUAUCAGAGGUGAGUGUUCUGCUGUUGUCCUGAUUGAAGCUGUGUUACACUCAGGCUGCCCUGUUGGCUUCUGUUGCACUGACCCCUCCUGUGACUGCAGCUAUUUUCAGACUGCGCACUUGCUGUGAACUCUGCAUGGAGGAUCUGAACAAGCCUGCUCUCUGCAUGUCCUGCUCCACCAUGGUGCAUUUCUAUUAGCUAUUCUAACAUAAAAGAGCCAGGCUUGCUUCAUGCCUUUACCUGUCCAGAGAAGAUCUUUUCCAUUUCACCAAGAUUUAAAGACAGCUUUUUAGAAAACCUCUUAUCAUAAAACUCACUAUAAUGGCUUGCACAGCUUGGGCCUGCAUUGCAUUUUAUGUAGUUUCUUAGUUAUUUGUGUGAUGUGCUGUUUUAAAUGGUUUUUCAUCUGGUUUGCUAAAAGCAAUCUAAUCUCUUUGCACAGUCUGUAUAUGGUGUUUGAACACUUAUGACUCUCCACAGCUCUUGGUUGUACUGUGCGCUCACUAACUGAUUCUCACUAUUCAGUCAUCAUAGAUAAUAAACAUUAUAUAUGUAUGUG